AUGGCGGACCAAAAUAUUUCUCAGUACAAAUAUUCGGCAAUGUCCAACCUGGUUCUCCAGGCGGACCGUCGUUUCAUCAGCCGCGUUAAUGACGAGGCAACCGGAGAUCCCGAGUCAUUGGCAGGUCGCAUUGGGAUUCGGGAGAUGGGCUCACGUAUCGCUCGUGAUGAUGCGCCAAAGUCGAAAAAGAAAGCCGGACCUACGGACGUCGAAAGGGGUGCGAUUCAUGAGGGUGAAGACGUUUUAUUCCGUGAACAGAAAAAGCGCCGUGGCCAACCAGCACAACCCCGAGGCCAGGGUAUCCUCUCCGCUGCCGAUGCUCUCGUUGAAGGCUUAAAAUAUCGCCCUCGGACACCCGCGACUCGAGCGACAUAUGACCUUAUCCUUACGAUUACCGGAACCCACUUGGGCGAUGUACCCCACGAAGUUGUUCGAAGUGCCGCCGAUGCCGUUUUGGAAUACCUUAAGGACGAAGAUAUGAAAGAUUUCGAUAAGAAAAAGGAAGUUGAUGACCUUCUGGGCAGUUCUAUGAACCCGAAAGAGUUUAAUGAGCUGGUGAACCUUGGGAAGAAAAUUACAGACUACGACGCCCAGGACGAUGACGAGGAUAUGGACGGUGGCUUUGAUGAGGCAGGUUCUGAGCUUGAUGAACGUCAAGGUGUUGCCGUUGUUUUCGACGAAGAAGACGAAGACGAAGAGCGUAUGGGCACCGUUGACGAGAUUCGAGAGGAGGACAGCGACGAGGAUGAAGAAGACGAGCAAGAUCAACCUGAUGUCGCCGCCCAAGAGGCCGAUGAGGGUGAUGAAAUGGUCAUCGAUGGAGGCUUCGACCGUGAUACUAAGUCCGGAGACAAAGCUGGUCUGAAGGUCUCUGCUCACGAGAUUGACGCUUACUGGUUGCAGCGACAAAUUGGUGCGUUGUACUCAGAUGCCCAUAUUCAACAAGAAAAGACCCGGGAAGCCCUUGAGAUUCUUGGUGGUCAAACAGAGGAUGGUUCCGAGCGACCUCUUCGAGAUGUUGAGAAUGACCUGAUGGAGCUCUUUGACUAUGAGCAUGCCAAGCUUGUCGCAAAAUUGGUGACAAACCGGGACAAAGUCAACUGGGUCACCCGAUGGAAGCAGGUUGCUGAAGAUGCGGACGCCCGUCACCUUGUGGAAAGUCAAAUGGUCGAAGCUGGUCAUCGCGCUAUUCUGGACGAAAUCCGCGGAAAGUCUGCUCGUGAUGAUCUUGCCGAUCGUCCUGACAAGCGUAUCAAGCUUGACUUGAUGGACGUCGAUGUUCCCUCAGCACCAAAAGAAGAGGAGAAGCCUGCUACGGAAGGUGGAUUGGUCGGUGGUCUCCAGCCCAAGAAACUCAUCAACCUUGAGAAUCUGGUUUUCCAUCAGGGCAACCAUCUCAUGACCAACCCCAAUGUCAAGCUCCCUCAAGGCUCCACUAAGCGGACUUUCAAGGGAUAUGAAGAGAUCCAUGUCCCACCGCCCAAGGCGAAGAGAGAGGCUGGAGAGAAAAACAUCCCGACUACGGAAUUACCUGACUGGGCGCGUGUUGGAUUUGGAAGCUCGAAGGAACUGAACCGAGUACAGACCAAGUGUUACCCCUCAGCCUUCCACGAUGAUGGAAACCUUCUUGUCUGCGCACCUACUGGCUCUGGAAAAACCAACGUUGCCAUGCUUACUAUUUUGCGAGAAAUUGGUAAGCACCGCAACCCAGAGACCGGAGAGGUAAUGCUCGACGACUUCAAAAUUGUAUAUAUCUCUCCUCUCAAGGCGUUGGUUCAGGAGCAGGUUGGAAACCUUGGAAAACGUCUCGAACCCUAUGGCAUUCGUGUGGCUGAGCUCACUGGUGAUCGUCAACUCACCAAGCAGCAAAUUGCCGACACGCAGGUCAUUGUUACUACCCCCGAGAAGUUUGAUGUCAUUACCCGAAAGGCUUCCGAGACCAGUUACACCAAUCUUGUCCGACUCAUUGUCAUUGAUGAGAUUCAUCUGCUUCACGAUGAUCGUGGUCCUGUCAUUGAGAGCAUUGUUAGUCGUAUUAUCCGCCGCGUCGAACAAACUGGCGACCCUGUGCGAAUCGUGGGUCUCAGUGCCACCUUGCCAAACUACCGUGAUGUUGGAAACUUCCUUCGUGCCGAUCCCGAGAAGGGUGUUUUUCAUUUUGAUGGCUCAUUCCGACCUUGUCCUUUGAAACAGGAAUUCAUCGGUGUCACUGACAAGAAAGCCAUCAAGCAGCUCAAGACUAUGAACGACAUCUGUUAUACCAAAGUUCUUGAGCAAGUCGGUCAGCGUCGAAACCAGAUGCUUAUUUUCGUCCACUCAAGAAAGGAGACCGCGAAGACAGCCAAGUAUAUCAGAGACAAGGCUGUCGAAAUGGAAACUAUUGGCCAGAUUCUUCGAAGUGACGCCGCUAGUCGCGCCAUUCUUUCAGAAGAGGCUGAGUCCGUUGAUGAUGCUUCUCUCAAAGAUCUUCUGCCUUACGGCCUGGGAAUCCAUCAUGCUGGUCUGAGUCUGGCAGAUCGUGAUUCUGUCCAGGCGCUUUUCGCCGAUGGUAGUAUCCAAGUUCUGAUCUGUACCGCAACCCUCGCCUGGGGUGUUAACCUUCCCGCGCACACUGUCAUCAUCAAGGGAACCCAAGUGUAUUCCCCUGAGAAGGGUAGCUGGGUUGAACUGAGUCCCCAAGAUGUACUUCAAAUGCUUGGCCGUGCUGGUCGACCCCAGUACGAUACCUUCGGAGAGGGUAUCAUCAUUACCUCUCAAUCUGAGAUGCAAUAUUAUCUCUCGCUUCUGAACAUGCAACUGCCGAUUGAGUCUCAGCUUGUAAGCAAGUUGGCUGAUAACCUCAACGCUGAGAUUGUUUUGGGCAACGUUCGUACCCGUGACGAGGGCGUUGAAUGGCUUGGAUACAGCUAUCUUUACGUUCGAAUGCUGCGUUCCCCUGGCUUAUACAGUGUUGGUGCAGACUACGAAAACGAUGACGCUCUAGAACAGAAGCGUGUUGAUCUUAUCCACUCCGCCGCCACUGUACUCGAGAGAGCUGGACUCGUCAAGUAUGAUAAAAAGACUGGACGACUCCAAUCAACCGAGCUGGGUCGCAUUUCUUCGCAUUAUUACAUCGGCCACAAUUCCAUGCUCACUUACUCUCAGCAUCUUCAGCCUUCCAUCACAACCAUCGAGCUGUUCCGUAUUUUCGCUCUCAGCGACGAAUUCAAAUACAUUCCCGUGCGUCAGGAUGAGAAGUUGGAGCUUGGCAAACUUCUUGGCAGAGUUCCAGUGCCUGUCAAGGAGACGAUUGAUGAGCCCCAUGCGAAGAUCAAUGUUCUCCUUCAAGCUUACAUUUCUCGUCUGAAGCUCGACGGACUGGCGUUGAUGGCUGAUAUGGUUUAUGUCACACAAUCUGCUGGCCGUAUCAUCCGGGCUAUCUUUGAGAUUUGCUUGAAGAAGGGCUGGUCAUCAGUGGCGAAGACUGCACUUGAUCUCUGUAAAAUGGCCGAGAAGCGUAUGUGGCCAACAAUGUCUCCUCUGCGUCAGUUCCAUAACUGUCCGAGAGAUAUCCUGCAAAAGGCCGAGCGGAUUGACGUGCCUUGGGCUAGUUACUUUGACUUGGACCCACCGCGUAUGGGUGAACUUCUCGGUAUGCCUAAGGCUGGACGCGUUGUCUGCGAUCUCGUUUCCAAAUUCCCUCGACUUGAAGUUCAGGCUCAGGUGCAGCCAAUUACUCGAUCCUUGCUUCGCGUGGAGUUGACACUGACCCCUAACUUUGUCUGGGACGAUGCUGUACACGGUAACGCCCAAGACUUCUGGAUCUUGGUUGAAGACUGUGAUGGUGAAGAGAUUUUGCACCACGAUCGUUUCCUGUUACGGCGUGAGUUUGCGCAAUCUGAGAUGAACGAACAUCUCGUUGAAUUCACCGUUCCCAUUACGGAGCCAAUGCCUCCUAACUACUUCAUCUCGCUGGUGUCUGAUCGCUGGAUGCACUCUGAGACUAAGAUCGCUGUCUCUUUCCAAAAGCUCGUCCUCCCAGAGCGCUUCCCUCCUCACACCCCAUUGCUUGAUAUGCAGCGUGCACCUGUCAAGGCUUUGAAGCGUGACGAGUACCAGAAACUCUACCCCAACUGGGACCACUUUAACAAGAUUCAAACCCAGGUCUUCAAGUCUGUGUUUGACUCGGACGACAAUGUCUUCAUUGGUGCUCCAACUGGUAGCGGCAAGACUGUCUGUGCCGAAUUAGCCUUGCUUCGUCAUUGGUCAACUGAGAACAGCGGCCGCGCAGUCUAUGUUGCUCCUUUCCAAGAGCUGGUUGACCUGCGCCUCGCCGACUGGGAGAAACGACUCAGUGGUCUUGCAGGGGGCAAGACUAUUGUCAAGCUGACUGGAGAGACUACAGCCGAUCUGAAACUUCUAGAGCGCGCUGAUCUUGUUCUCGCCACCCCCGUCCAAUGGGAUGUCCUCUCUAGGCAGUGGCAGCGACGAAAGAACAUCCAGACUGUGCAAUUGUUCAUCGCUGAUGAACUGCACAUGCUUGGUGGCUUCGGAGGCUAUAUCUACGAAGUUGUUGUUUCACGUAUGCACUACAUUGCUCUCCAGACUGAAAAUGACAUGCGUAUUCUUGGCCUGAGUGUUCCGCUUGCCAAUGCCCGUGAUAUCGGAGAGUGGAUUGGUGCCAAUAAGCAUACUAUCUACAACUUCAGCCCGAACGCUCGCCCUGUACCCUUGGAGCUUCACAUUCAGUCUUUCACCAUUCCUCAUUUCCCCUCCCUGAUGCUUGCGAUGUCUCGCCCAGCCUACCAAUCCAUCUUGCAAUUGUCGCCUGACAAGUCCGCUCUUAUCUUUGUGCCCAGCCGGAAGCAGGCCCGAUCAACAGCCAUGGAUCUCCUGACAGCUUGUGGUAUGGAUGACAAUGAAGAUCGAUUCCUGAACGCCGAUGCCGAGGAGCUCGCACCUCUUCUUAGUCGUGUCCAAGAACAGACUCUCGCCGCUUCCCUGUCUCACGGUAUUGGAUAUUACCACGAGGCAUUGUCUCCUACUGAUAAGCGUAUUGUGUCACACUUGUUCAGUAUUGGUGCCAUCCAGGUGCUCCUGGCCUCGCGUGAUGUCUGUUGGGAAUUGGACUUGACAGCCCAUCUGGUGAUUGUUAUGAACACUCAAUUCUUCGAUGGCCGUGAACACCGUUACAUUGAUUACCCUAUCAGCGAGAUUCUUCAGAUGUUCGGCAAGGCUUCCCGACCCGGUCAAGACAAGAUUGGUCGCGGUGUUCUGAUGGUACCUGCGGUCAAGCGUGACUACUACAAGAAGUUCCUUAGCGAGGCGUUGCCUGUGGAGAGUCAUCUGCAGGUCUACCUCCACGAUGCAUUUGUCACUGAGGCUAGCACCAAGACCAUUUCUUCGACUCAGGAUGCCGUCGACUGGAUGACAUACACAUACUUCUACCGCCGGCUGCUCGCCAACCCCAGCUUCUAUGGUCUCAGUGAUGUUAGCCACGAAGGGCUGAGCACAUUCCUGUCUGAAUUGGUUGAGAACACGCUGAAGGAGCUGUCUGAGGCUAAGAUCAUUGACCUCGACGAGGAUGAUGACACUGUGUCGCCCUUGAAUGCCGCUAUGAUUAGCGCAUACUACAAUAUUUCCUUCAUCACCAUGCAAACAUUCUUGUUGUCGCUUUCAGCUCGCACCAAGCUCAAGGGUAUCCUGGAAAUUGUCACCUCGGCCACUGAGUUUGAAUCUGUUCAGAUCCGUCGUCACGAGGAGCAUAUCCUUCGCCGUGUCUACGAUCGUGUACCCGUCAAGAUGUCGCAGGUGGCAUAUGACUCGCCUCACUUCAAGGCAUUUGUACUCCUGCAGGCUCAUUUCUCCCGCAUGCAGCUGCCAAUUGAUCUUGCGAAGGAUCAAGAGGACAUCAUUCGCAAGGUUCUCAACUUGCUUAGUGCCUGUGUGGAUGUAUUGUCUUCAGAGGGCCACAUUAAUGCUAUGAAUGCCAUGGAGCUGUCGCAGAUGGUGGUCCAGGCCAUGUGGGACCGUGAUAGUUCACUUAAGCAGAUCCCCCACUUCUCAUCCGAGGCCAUCGAUGUGGCUAAGGAAUACAGCAUUAAUGAUAUCUUUGAAUUCAUGGACGCUAUGGACCCCUCCGAGAACAAGGACUACCAAACUCUCGUCAAGCGCUUGGGCUUGAACAACAAGCAAUUGGCGCAAGCGGCCGCUUUCACCAACGAGAAAUACCCCAACAUUGACCUGGACUUUGAGGUUGAAGAUCCUGAGAACAUCACCUCUGGUGACCCUGCCUACCUUAAGGUCAAGAUCGAGCGUGAGGUUGAAGAUGACGAAGAGCCAGAUACCGUUGUCCACGCCCCAUUCUAUCCUAACGAGAAGAUGGAGAACUGGUGGCUUGUUGUCGGCGAUGAAAAGACCAAGAAUUUACUCGCAAUCAAGCGUGUUACGAUCGGUCGCAAGUUGGAGCUGCGCCUAGAAUAUGUUGUCCCCACUCCUGGAGAGCAUGAGCUCACUCUUUACCUAAUGAGUGAUAGUUAUGUUGGUGUGGAUCAAGCCCCCACAUUCACCGUGACCGCAGCUGAAGGAAUGGAUGAAGAUGAGAGUGAGGAAGAAGAGGAGUAA